UCAUGGGGUUCAGUGAACUUCUGGAUGAGCUGGGAGGCUUCGGGCGGUACCAAUGGAUUCUGGUGAUUCUUACGACGCUUUCUGGUGUGGUGAUGGCCUUCCAGAAUCUUCUCAACAACUUUGUCUCAGGAAUCCCCGCCCACCACUGCAAGCUACCAGCCAAUCACAGCCACGAGAACCUGUCUCACUACCAGGUGGAUGAGAAGCAGCUUCUGAAAGUUUUCAUCCCUCUGCAUCAUUCGGGAAGUAAACUGGACCACUGCAGGAGGUACACUCAACCUCAGUGGCAGCUGUUAGCUGCUAACACCUCAACCAAUGUCAGUCUGCUGCCGACCCAAGAAUGUAUGGACGGCUGGACUUACGACCGCUCCGAGUUCCACAGUACCACCGUCUCCGAGUGGGACCUGGUGUGCUCACUCCGUCCUUUGAAGCAGAUGAUUCAGACCAUUUAUAUGGGUGGCGUUUUAGCCGGCGCCAUCAUCUUUGGAUGGUUGUCAGACAGGUUUGGGCGUCGAACUGUCCUUAUAUGGUCAUACCUGCUGUUGGCCGUCCUUGGCUGUAGCUCCGCUCUCUCACCAAAUUACACCGGCUACUGUGUGUUCAGGUUCUUGAGUGGGAUGGCAGUUUCUGGAAUCAUCCUCAAUGGCGUUUCACUGAAGGUCGAGUGGAUCCCCACAAAAUCCAGGACUGUUGUGGGCACACUCACAUCCUUCUUUUUCACCUUUGGUCAGAUGAUCCUGGCAGGAAUAGCCUAUUGGCUGAGAGACUGGAGGAAACUGCAGGUGCUCACCUGUGUGCCCCACUUCCUGUUCUUCGCCUAUAGCUGGUGGUAUGCAGAGUCAGCUCGUUGGUUGGUUCUUAAGCGAAGGUACAAUGAUGCGUUAAAGAAUCUUCACCGAGUUGCUCGAAUUAAUGGAAAACCAGAGGUGACUGAAAAAUUAACACUGGAGGUUUUGUAUUCCCAAAUGAGGAAGGAGAUGGAGUCAACCCGCUUGUCUUCCACCGCCUUUGACCUGCUGAGAACAAGAGGGAUGCGGCGCAUCUCCAUCUGCCUCAUGGCCGUCUGGUUCUCCACCAGCUUUGCGUACUAUGGACUGGCUAUGGACCUGCAAAAGUUUGGGGUGAGCAUCUACCUGAUGCAGCUGAUCUUUGGAGCUGUUGAUAUUCCUGCCAAAGUCUUUGCUCUGUGGACACUCAGUUACCUGGGCCGCCGGGUGUCCCAGACUAUCUGCCUUUUCCUCUCGGGCCUUGUCAUAUUUGCCAACAUCUUUGUCCCAGCUGACUUGCAGAUGGUCAGAACCACUCUAGCGUGUCUUGGCAAAGGUUUUACCUCAGCAUCCUUCACUACAGUCUAUCUAUACACCGGAGAGCUGUACCCCACCGUAAUCAGACAGACAGGAAUGGGAUUUGUGUCAACCAUGGCGCGGGUUGGCAGCAUGGCGGCACCAGCUGUCCUCAUGCUGGACGAGGUCCUGCCCGUCUUACCCAGCGUGGUGUACGGGGGAUCUGCCGUGCUCGCUGCCUGCUUCGCAAGUUUCCUGCCAGAAACAAUGAAUGUUCCACUUCCUGAAACCAUUGAGGAGGUGGAGGAGAAAUGGUCCAAUCUACAACCAGCCCAUCCGCCACAGGAAGUGACCAAGAAGGCCUCUGACUGUGACACAGCUAUGAAGGGGGAAAUGAUCGGCCUGAACGCUCUUUGACCACUCACAUCCAGCGGUGCAGAUGCUUGAUCAGUCACAUGUCAACUUCAAAGAACAGAUUACAAAUAUGAA